CAAGGACAACGAGGAAAAAUUCCAGAUCUCCCUGUGCGAGACACCCUGCAAGGAACCGGGCUGCUGGUGCGGGACCAUGCUCUGCUGCUUUUGCAGCCAGAUGGUCAUGCGCAAAAAGGUCUUGAACCACGUCAACCCCAACAGCGGGUGGGACGACUACAAGUGCUGCCAGGGCUUCUACGGCGGCUGCUGCUGCUUCGAGCCGGGAAAAUGCGGCGAAAAGGCCUGCCCGGUCCCGUGCCUCUGYCUCGAGAUUCUCUGCUGCCCCGGCCCGGCCGCCUCGGCGACCUCCCUGGUGCUCAGAGACAAAUACMAGCUCGGCCUGGACGACGACGACGUCCGCCUGAUCCGGUGCAACAACUGCCUCUUUUGCGUGGCUUGCGUCCUCAGCUGCCUGACCAUCUGCWUCAACAACGGGGACCUCGACGCCKGCGCGAGCUGCGCCCAGUGCCUCUCCAACACGGUCUUCGCCUGCACCUCGGCCUGCAUGAUGGGGCAGGCCAAGCACGAAAUCGACUACCGCGAGAAGAAGGCGGCCGCCCCCUCCGGGGAAUCCAUGGAGCGCUGAGAAGACAGCAAAGGCCAGACCCCUUGCCGUGCUUCUCCGAUACCACNUCCGGGGAAUCCAUGGAGCGCUGAGAAGACAGCAAAGGCCAGACCCCUUGCCGUGCUUCUCCGAUUCCACAAGAUACCAUUCCUGUCCGAUCCAAUGAAAUCAAAUUCGAAUCAUAUCCCAUCGAAUGAAUCAUUAUUAGUAUA